GGCCGGGCGCGCUGCCCCGCCCGGCGCGAGCGAGCCCGCGGAGCGCAUGGAGCGGCUGCGGCUGCCGGGGCUGCCCCUGCCGGGGCUGCCGCUGCUGCUGGCGCUGUGCGGGGCGGCGGCCGAGCGCCACACCGUCUUCUGGAACAGCUCCAACCCCAAGUUCCUGUGGAGUGACUACACGGUGGAGGUGCGCCUCAAUGACUACCUGGACAUCAUCUGCCCGCACUACGAGGCGGGCAGCGCGGCGCCCCACGCCAUGGAGCGCUACACGCUCUACCUGGUGGAGCGGGAGGACUAUGCCGCCUGCAAGCCCCGCUCCAAGGAGCAGAUCCGCUGGGAGUGCAACAAGCCCAGCGCCCUGCACGGCCCCGAGAAGUUCUCAGAGAAGUUCCAGCGCUUCACCCCCUUCACGCUGGGCAAGGAGUUCAAGGAGGGACACAGCUACUACUACAUCUCCAAGCCGAUCCACCACCACGGGGAGACCUGCCUCAAGCUGAAGGUGACGGUGGCCGGCAAAGCCACUCAGGCGCCGCCUGUCCCGGCUGCGACGCCCAAGGGCAGGAUCCAGGCAGACGACGCGGCCGCCCACGUGCUGCGCAGCGUGGGGCAGAACUCGGCCAUGCGGGGCAGCAGCCCCUUCGCCUUCGUCAGCCUCCUGCUGCCGCUGCUGGUGCCACAGGGGCUGUGAUGCCCCCGGACCGAGCCGCCGCCGCCGCUUCGUCCCGCACGCGCACCCCGCCGCGGCCCCCGGCCGCAUCCUGGCAGACCGAGGACUUGUCAGUAUUAGGGGGCCCCCGAAGCCGUGCUGAGCACCCGAAGCCCGUGGGGAGCCCCACGGUGCCCUGCCUGCGCGGGAAGGGGGCUCUUGGCAGCUAAGGACCGCAACCGAGCGGAGGGGCCCUGCGCCCUGGACUGGAUGGCGUGGGGGGCUGGCACCCCCCGGCGCCGAGCGCGCCCUCCCUGCACGCCGUGGGCUCGCGUGGGGCUGUGUCCCGCAGGCAGGGACACGGCGCUGGCCUUGCCAGCAGCCCCGGCACCGGCUGUGCCGUGGGAGCGGGGCUGGGAGCACAACGGGGAGCAGCAGGCCUGGAAAUGCCGGAGAUGCCAGGCAGCUAGCGGAGCGGGGAAGCGGGAGCUGCCCCUUUCCUGCGGCCCAGAGUGCUGACGCCCCACGGCCCCCCCGCGCCCCACGGCCUCUCUGGGGGGCUGGCCCUGGCCUCUGCACCGGGGGCCCAGAGCCCGCGGCCCGGUGCCGGAGGGGCGAGUACCCAGCGUGGGGCGUUUGGACUGCCUCAUUGUUUGUACAGCUUUCUAACACUGGAAUUUUUAUAUGAUUGUCUUGAAUAAAUAACUGAGCUGAUA